AUCUUGCUCAGAAAGUGAUAAGACUAUGUGCAUAUGGCUCAUAGAACUGGACAAGUCAUGCUCAUACCACAGGCGAAAUCAUAGCAGACAGUCUCGUAGUGACUUUUGUGUAUAUUUACCUUGGCCAUGAAGAGAUCACAGGGAUUUUCAGUGCAAACGGUUCCAUGGUGUUUUUGUCUCCUCACCGUGGUGUCUGGGUAUACAGGCCAAAAUAUUCCAGCACGUACCCGUCGUCUAACGGGGUCAGAGCUUAGCACGGACAUAGUGAAGAAUUUUCUUCAGUGUAAGAAUUUAUGUGCUCUGAAUUCGCUAUGCAAGUCCGUGAACUACAAUCCCAAAACUCGGGAAUGCACAUCCCUCUACCAGGAUCUGCUUACAGCAAACCCAUCCUCCUUUGAAACACACCCCGGGCUCGUGUUUGCUGAAAAACGAUUCAUGAGUCAGGAUAAUGGUCCUUGCAAGAACAAUCAAUGUGUUGAAACACAAGUUUGUAUUCGGGUGGGAACUACAAAAACGUGUCUUAAUAAAGGUAUCGAUUGCGGACAACCUCCUGACGUGGCAAACGCCACAUACACAACGACGGGGACGUCAUAUAACUCAGUGUCUACGUACAGCUGUCUCGCUGGUUUCAGUAACACUGGCGGAACGACAACAUCAACGUGUGCAGAAACAGGGAUGUGGACCCCAACUAACUUGUACUGUGAAGGUAUCGAUUGCGGGCAACCUCCUGACGUGGCAAACGCCACAUACACAACGACGGGGACGUCAUAUAACUCAGUGUCUACGUACAGCUGUCUCGCUGGUUUCAGUAACACUGGCGGAACGACAACAUCAACGUGUGCGGAAACAGGGAUGUGGACCCCAACUAACUUGUACUGUGAAGUAUGA